AAUAUCGGACCCGCGAGUGUGGCAACACUGGCCGACGUAACCGGCAUUGAGAUUUACGUUUCUAUUAAUAAUAUUAUAUUGAUAAUACAUUAAUACUCCAUAUUAGGAAAUAAGGCGAUACCUGUUGGAAGGAUCAUGACGACGGCUGUGCUGGGCGGCGGACUAAGCGGCCUCUCCGCCGGCUACUACCUAUUGCGGCGGUUUGGAAAGCCGCUAACCAUCUACGAAGCGGCUCCUCGAGUCGGAGGAUGGGUGAGGUCAGAAUUCCGUAAGGAUCGGGGUUUUAUCUUCGAGAGCGGACCGCGUACAAUUCGACCGGUUGGUGUUCCGGGGGCCAAUACGUUAGAGCUGGUCGAGGAGCUGCAGUUGGACAUCAAGCCCAUUACCCGCAGUCAUGUGGCAGCCCGGAACCGAAUGCUGUACGCCAAAGGUCAGCUCUGCAUGUUGCCCAACAGUCCAAAAGGUCUCUUCGGAGUCAUGCCGCCCUUCACAAAGCCAUUAUACAAAGCGCUUCUACGGGACCUAGUUACCCAAAGCACGCCGGCCAAGUUGGAGGACGAAUCCAUAUACAGCUUUGCGGAACGACGUUUUGGAAAAGAGAUUGCCGACUACGCCAUCAGUCCAAUGAUCUGUGGAAUCUGCGCCGGCGAUGCUCGCGAGAUCAGCGUACGGUUUCUGAUGGAAGGACUUUUCGAGAAGGAGCAAAAAUAUGGUGGUGUGUUGAAGGGAUCGCUUAUUGCGCGGUUUAAGGGUAAGGUAGAUGAAGGAAAGGAAGGCCUAUUUGCCCAGGGUCAGCCUAAGCUUUACUCCCAGGCGGUGCAAGAAAAAUGGGCCAUGUAUGGACUGACUGGAGGCUUGGAGAUACUGCCCCGCACAAUGAGGAAGUACCUUGGCGAGAGGGAUGUCAACGUACAACUGAGUAACGAGUGCAAGAAUUUGACCUUUGGAAACUCUGGUGUUCGAAUGACAGUCAAGGAUGCCGAUGUUCCUGUGGACCACAUCGUCUGUUCCUUACCCGCCCACAAAUUGGCGCCCUUGGUUAAGGUUCAACACCCUUCACUUUCCGCGCAACUUCUGGAUAUUCCCUAUGUGGAUGUCGUUGUAGUAAACAUGCAGUUCCAAGGACAGCUCCUCAAACAAGAUGGCUUCGGGUUGCUGGUUCCCCCAGUAGAGAAACUACCCAUCUUAGGAGUCAUUUUCGACAGCUGCUGCUUCGACAUGGGAGGUAACACAGUGCUAACGGUCAUGAUGGGCGGCCACUGGUUUGAUAAGUGGUUUGGUGAUCGUCCCAGUCAGAAGCAAAUUCUGGACCUGGCCACUCACCAUGUGCAGGAAAUUCUUGGAAUUCGCGACGAUCCCAAGUUCAGUCGUGUGCACACCCUCCACAAGUGCAUACCACAGUAUACGGUUGGCCACAAGCGCCGUGUGGACAACAUCAGAAAGUACCUAAAGACUUACAAACUGCCACUUUCCCUUUGCGGUGCCGCCUACGAUGGAGUAGGAAUCAACGAUGUCAUUCUGUCUGCCCGGCGUCAGGUGGAAGCACUGCAACUAGCCUAGUUGAAAACCAUUCCCCGAAACUAUCCCCUGUAUAUCUGUAUUCCAUUGGUGAUUUUGUUAUAUUUGUGUAAGAUUGAUUUGUGUAUAGUAAAGUCUUUCCUUUGUA